GAGAGGAGAUGGUCUACUCUUACCCUGUCCUUGCUGGGCCUGUGCCCCAAGUGCCCAUGUAAAUCUAGUCUGGCUGCCAGUGACUCUCUUGCUUGUUAACCAACCAGCCAAGCAUCCUGCUGCAAACAGCUGCAGAACUCCAGAUAAAGUACGUGAGGCACGAGACUAGCCCUUGGCCAUUUAGCUUAAAAGAGCUACAAUUCCUGACCUCCAGGCCAGUUCUUCCUGCAAACCUAAUGCUGGAUUUUGACACAAAAAUUUACCUCUUUGCGGGCUUGGGGCUGGGAGGGCUCCUGCUGUUUGCUGUGGUCAUCCUGUCCACCUGCCUAUGUCGGCUCCAUCGCAGAGUGAAGAGGCUGGAGAGGAGCUGGGCCCAGCUCCCAGAGCAAGAGCUCCAUUACGCAUCUCUACAGAGGCUGCCAGUGAGCAGCACCAAGGGACUUGACCUCCAGAACAGAGAAGAGGAAGGCACCAAUGUGGACCCCAGUGGCGAUUAUGCUUCUAUUGCCAAUAAAAAACCCACCUGAGUGUCCCAGAUGCCUCCCUUGACCCAGGCUGAUGGUCAGGGUCACCCUGCUGUUCAUCCAGUAAAGACU